AUGUCUGAGUUUCCGUCACCGGAGGACGGCGGCGGAGAAAUGACCGCACACGACAAUGUCGGUUCUAAGCGCCACCGUCGACCCAACGUCAGGUUAGGCGACGUUGGGGGUUCCGGCGCCGGUGAGUAUUCUUAUUUCGAACAACGAAGGGUCAAGAACAACAAGGCUACGAAGAAUAAUCGCCAGAAUCAAACUCUUGCUCAUGUUGUUACUAACCCUAAUGAACAUAGAAGUGUUGAGGAAGACGAUAACACGGAUGCGAAUUUGGAUGAUGUUGCAAUUGGCAGUUGGAAGAUUAAGAAUUUGAAAUCCAAGAAGGGCGCUGGCGCGAUAACCAAGAAAAUGAGGACGGGUUGGACUUCGAAAUCUAAUGAUAAAAUGCUGAGUACUGAUGUGGAUGAUUUGGAGAAUAAUGAAAACUCAGUGCAAAGCCCAGUUGAUCAUUACAAAAUUAAUGAUGAUAAUGUGAACAUG